CUGACCCACUGACAUCUCCCUCCGUCUCUGGUUGUAUUCAGGGUGAUGGAAGCGACGAUGCUGCCCUCUCAGAAGAGGAAGGCGCUGGCACCGCCGGAUUCUCCGCCCAGGACCAAGAGCUCUCGGGCGGUGGCAGCAGCCCCCGGUCUCCCCGCGGAGCCUUCGGCCAGCAGCCGGGAUGUCGGGAGCGUCCGCGCUGUACCACUGGGAUCUCCGGAUGGCCCGCCCGGUCUCCGGGCUGACCGGGACGUGAAGGACGAGGGAUCCCGGGAGUGGCAGAAUGCCGAUGAGGCAUGUCCGAGGCCACCAGACCACAGAACGGAAGGCAGUGCUGGUGAAACAGCUGUGGGUCUGCCUGGCGUUAACAGGGACCCGUGGCUGGCAGGAGUCCCAUUCUCGAGCAGCCAGUCGCCAGAAGCUGACCCUGUAGUUACUGGGGCACCGACGGCUCAAUCUCCCCCAGGGCCCAGUCAACCACCUGCUCACGCGGCAACAGCGACACCACCGUCCCGGUCAGAUCGAGGCGGACUCUGGCCACGUGAGGUGUGUACAGGGACUCCGAGUGACGAGGAGAAGGACGAAGGGGAGAGGAACUUGGUUAUCACCGUCGGUACGUACAGCAUUGGGGUUCCCAAGGCUGCCCCUUUCAUUUACAAAGCACCUUCUCGCUCACAGGAGGCGGGGGGGGGGUGGCUGAGUGGUAAUGUCAGUGCAAGCUGA